AUGGAGUUGGAGAGCAGCGACCAAGCUGUGGUUAUGAGAGAUGACAACAAGCGACGCAGGAGGAGGAGAAUGAAGCCCUACUGUACAGCCAACACUCUCUCGUCCACGGAACUCAUCUCCAUUGAGUUUGUUUUCCCCACAACCAGCAUCGUGCUUGACGUUGCUACCAACUGCACGGUCGAGCAGAUGAAAGCACAGGUCUGGAUGCAGGCGGUGGAAGGCCACCAGACCUCAGAACUCUUCCGCAAGAUCACGCCGGAUCAGUUUCUCCUCCUGUAUCAGAAGAAGGGCCAGUGGUAUGAAAUUUACGACAAGCACCAGAUCAUACAGACCCUGGAUUGUAUCUUAUAUUGGAAAGUCUUGCAGAAGAAAGUGGGCAAGAUCCACGUGGUUGAGAAGCCCAGCCCCUCAGAGGAAGUCCAGGAGUUCCAAAGACAGCUCAAUUAUUUGAUUGGCUAUGACGUCACCGACGUGAGCAACGUGCACGAUGACGAGCUUGAGUUUGCCCGCCGUCGGCUGGUCACUCCGCGGACGAUCGAAGUAUCCUGCCGAGACCCCAAAUUGUACUCCAUGCACCCUUGGACUACAUCCAAGCCACUUCCGGAAUAUUUGCUGAGUAGAAUUGUCAACAAUAAUAUUUUUAUCAAUAUCCACCGAGGAACCACCAGCCAGAAGAUUAAAGUCGGGGUGGACGAUACCCCGGAGGUUAUCCUUCAGAGCUUCUUCACCAAAAUGGCCAAGAAGAAGUCUUUGAUGAAUAUUCCUGAAGAUUACAGUGAGCUCGAUUUUGUCCUGAGAGUGAGUGGCCGAGAUGAGUACAUCGUAGGAGAGACACCCAUCAAAAACUUCCACUGGAUAAGACAGUAUCUGAAAAAGGGGGAAGAAAUUCACCUGGUCCUGGAUGAACCACCGGACCCAAACCAGGAUGAAGUUCAGAAAGAAGAAUGGCCCUUGGUUGACGAUUGCACCGGAGUUUCGGGAUAUCACGAGCAACUUACCAUCCAGGGCAAAGAUCACGAAAGGGUGUUCACCAUAUCCUUGUGGGAUUGCAACCGUAAGUUCAGGGUCAAGGUUAUCGGCAUCGAUAUCCCCGUCUUACCGAGAAACACAGACCUUACCGUCUUCGUGGAGGCUAAUAUUCAACAUGGCCAACAGCUCCUUUCCCAGAGGAGAACCACCGCGAAGCCGUUCACCGAAGAGGUUCUCUGGAACGUUUGGCUUGAGUUUGACAUCAAGAUCAAGGACCUUCCCAAAGGGGCGUUGCUCACCCUGCAAAUAUAUUGCGGCAAAACUCCGGCGCCGUCCACCAAGGGGAACCUCCAUUCCUACGAUUCGCCGUCUUCUGAUCCCAAGUACAAAACUCAACUUCUCUACUACGUCAACCUCUUGCUGAUAGACCACCGCUCUCUGCUCAGAACGGGGGACUACGUGCUUCACAUGUGGAAAAUUCCGGGCAAGGGAGAAGAGCAAGGAAGCAUAAACGCGGACAAGCUGACUUCGGCCACCAAUCCGGAUAAAGAACAUUCCAUGGCUGUUUCGAUUGUGUUGGACAAAUACUGCCACCCCAUCGCCUUGCCCAAACACAAGAUCGCGUCGGGUGAUCCCCAAGGGGACCGGGCCAGAGCCGAAAUGCCAAACCAGCUGCGGAAACAGCUGGAGGAGAUCAUCGCGACGGAUCUGCUCAACCCACUCACCCCGGAAGACAAAGAAUUAUUGUGGCAUUUCAGGUACGAGAGCAUAAAACACCCGAAGGCCUACCCUAAGUUGCUUAGUUCAGUGAAAUGGGGACAGCAGGAACUAGUAGCUGAAACUUACCAACUGCUAGCUAAAAGGGACGCGUGGGACCAGAGCGCUUUGGAUGUCGGCUUGCCGAUGCAACUUCUGGAUUGCAACUUUUCCGAUGAAACCGUGAGAACAAUGGCUGUGCAAAAGUUGGAAGGCUUAGAAGACGACGAGGUCCUUCACUAUCUCUUACAGCUGGUUCAGGCUGUAAAAUUUGAGCCUUACCAUGACAGUGCCUUAGCUCGAUUCCUGCUAAAGCGCGGCUUAAGAAACAAGCGGAUCGGACACUUCCUGUUUUGGUUUCUGAGAAGCGAGAUUGCUCAAUCCAUGCAUUACCAGCAACGGUUUGCCGUGCUCUUGGAAGCGUAUCUGAGGGGCUGUGGCAAAGCGAUGCUAAAAGACUUCCUCAAGCAGGUCCACGUGACCGAGCUGCUGCACAAGGUCACGAGGGAGAUCAAGGUCGCCUCGGCAGAGAAGUACGACGUCACCCCUCAAGUCAUCGCACAGCUCAAACAAAAACUCGAGAGGCUACAGGAGAACAAGUUUCCAGAAUGUUUUAGAGUUCCAUAUGACCCUGGACUCAAAGCAGGAGCCCUGGUGAUAGAAAAAUGUAAAGUAAUGGCAUCCAAGAAAAAACCUCUUUGGCUGGAAUUCAAGUGUGCGGAUCCAACUUCCCUCUCCAGCGAGACCAUCGGCAUCAUCUUCAAACACGGCGACGAUCUGAGACAGGAUAUGCUCAUUUUACAGAUACUUCGAAUAAUGGCGUCGAUAUGGGAAGAAGAUUCCUUAGAUUUAUGUUUAUUACCUUAUGGCUGUAUUUCUACAGGGAAUAAAAUAGGCAUGAUUGAAAUCGUAAAGGAUGCGAAUACGAUUGCCAAAAUCCAGCAAAGCACAGUUGGGAACACCGGGGCGUUUAAAGAUGAAAUACUAAACCAGUGGCUUAAGGAGAAGUGUGUCAUUGAAGAAAAGUUUCAGGCGGCAGUGGAGCGAUUUGUAUAUUCUUGUGCAGGCUAUUGCGUGGCAACCUUUGUCCUUGGAAUAGGGGACAGGCACAACGACAACAUUAUGAUCACGGGAUCAGGUAAUCUCUUUCAUAUUGACUUUGGCCAUAUUCUUGGAAAUUACAAAAGCUUCCUUGGAAUUAAUAAGGAAAGAGUUCCUUUCGUCUUAACACCCGAUUUUCUUUUUGUCAUGGGGACUUCCGGAAAGAAAACAAGUCUGCGUUUUCAGAAUUUCCAGGAUAUUUGCGUGCGGGCUUAUCUCGCUCUUCGGAAACACAGCAAUCUCCUCAUCAUCCUCUUUUCCAUGAUGCUCAUGACGGGGAUGCCCCAGCUGACCAGCAAGGAAGACAUCGAAUAUAUCCGUGAUGCGCUGACGGUCGGCAAGCACGAAGACGACGCGAAGAAGUAUUUCCUCGACCAGAUUGAGGUUUGCCGAGAUAAAGGCUGGACUGUGCAGUUCAACUGGUUUCUCCAUCUGGUGCUCGGAAUCAAGCAAGGCGUGGAAAAACAUUCUGCCUAAAUAGGGCACUCCAGUAGAGGUAGUCC